AAAAAUGUUUUUAAUAAAGACCCUUUGGCUUUUGUGUGCAAUUUUCUCCCUCAAUGUUGCAAUAACAUUGGCCUCUGACCCUGAUCCAGUUCAAGACUUUUGCAUACCAAACCCAAGAUUUGGUUCCAUCAGAACAACUCACGGCAUGGUAACCAUUCUCCCAUGCAAGAAUUCCUCUGAGGCUACCAUUGAUGACUUUGUCUUUCAUGGUAUGAAAGUUGCAGGGAACUUCUCAGACACAGGCCUAGCUGUGAUAGCUGCAAGUCCUACCAAUUUUCCUGGCCUCAACACACUAGGCAUGUCCUUUGCAAGAGCAGAUAUUGAAGUGGGGGGCAUCAAUCCACCACAUUUUCACCCAAGAGCCACUGAACUAGUUCAUGUGAUACAAGGAAAAGUGUAUUCAGGUUUUGUGGAUUCUAGCAAUAGGGUGUUUGCUAGGAUACUAGAACAAGGAGAGAUCAUGGUGUUUCCAAGAGGUCUAGUGCAUUUCCUGAUGAAUGUUGGUGAUGAACCUGUCACACUAUUUGGAAGUUUCAAUAGCCAAAACCCUGGCAUCCAGAAGAUACCUUCUGCUGUAUUCGGUUCAGGGAUUGAUGAGGAGCUUUUAGAGAAGGCUUUUGGACUUAGUUCUAAGCAGAUUGGAACCAUGAGAAAAAAAUUUGAUCCCAAAACAGCAAGGUAG